UUGAAAAGGGAAAAUAAAAUAAAGCUAGAGAAGAUGUGCUCCAUUGAGAAGGAAAUACAGCAUUUAGAAUCUCAAAUUCAGAAUAAGAUUCAUGCCUAUGAGCGCAUUAUAUCUGAUGAAGACAAGCUGAAUAGAGAUCUGAAUGAUGUUAUGAGGGAUAUAUUAUUGAAUAAAGCACGGAAGAAUGAUGCAGCAAGAAGAUCUAUGAUUAGGAGCACUAUCGAGAGUCUAAAAACAAUAUUUUCAGGUGUUCAUGGAAGAGUAAUAGAUUUAAUACAGCCUAUUCAGAAGAAAUAUGAGCUGUCCGUUGGUGUUUUGCUAUCAAGACAUGACCAGUCUGUUAUUGUUGAUAAUGAAAAGACAGCUUUAGACUGCUUGAGAUAUAUUAAAGAAACAAGGGCCUGCAAACUCACAUUUCUUCCUCUUAAUAGAGUUAAGGGUAUUAUCAGUGAUGACAAGGAGAAUAGUGAAAAUAUAAAGAGCUUUGGUUCUCCUGAAUUUAAGGAUUAUCUUGCAAGAAACUGCAUUAGAUAUGCUCCUGAAUAUGAGAAUAUCAUAGGUUUUAUAUUUAAGAAUUCCCUGAUUGUUGAUAGUAUUGAUCUGGCCAAGCAUACUCUUUAUACUCAAAAGUAUCCAGGCAACAUUUGCACGCUGGAUGGCGUACUGUUUUCUCCUGCUGGUCUAAUUACAGGUGGAAAAGCAACAGUAAAUAAGUUUGAGGAUGACAUUAUUGACCAAUUACUAGUCAAGAGGAAAUCAAUACUUGACGAUAUCAAAAUAAACAAAGACAGAAAAGAGGCAUUUUCUGAUGUUUCAACGGUAAAAAUGAAGAUUGAUGAACUGAAACAGAAGAAAGAUGGCAUUAAAGUAGAAAAUAUUGAAAUAUCAAUGCUGAGCGAGCUUGAUGCCGAGCCUUAUCAAAGAGAGCUAUUAUUUUUGGAAGAAUCCUUGUCAGAUUUUGAAAGCAAUCAGAGAUUAAUAAAGGAAGCAAAGAAGCAAAUAGAGAAGACAGUCUUUGGUAAUCUGCUCAGAACAAUAGGAUUGAAUAGCCUUUCAGAAUAUAAGGAAAGAAUAAGGCAAGAUUAUCGCAGACAGGAGCUUUUAAUAAGAAUAGAAACAUUGAAGGAUAAAAUCAAUUUGGUUAAUGAAGAAUUAACUACAAAUGCUGCUGUAUCAUGGAAUGAUGCAGAUAAGAAGGACCUAAAUGUCCUUGAAAAUCAACUUAAUCAACUGUAUACCAAUCUUGAGAAUGUAAAAGAAAGAUUAAAGACACAGAACCAGCUGUUAAGGACAUUUUCUGAGAAGAGAAACCAACUGAAUAACAGUAUUUUGAGUCACCAACUGCAUCUUGCAAGAGUAGAGGAGGAUCUUAAAGAUUUGAUCAAGUAUGCAGAAUUGGAGUCUAAUCUAAAGAUUGAAAGUGAUUCAAUUGAUCCUGCUGUUGAGGAAAAUGUUACACAGUUAAAGAGUAAACUGGAGGAAAUAAACCAGCUAAUUUCCCAAAAUACCCCGUCUUUUUCUUCCUCAGACUCCUCGCUUCAAACUAAAUUUUCAAGGUUGAACAGAGAAUAUGAAAUAGCAAAAGAAGAGCUGUUAGAAGCUAAAAGGCAGUUCCAGGAAAUUAAAAGACGAAGAAUGGAUGCGUUUAGCAGAUGCUUCGCUGUUAUUUCGCAGGAGAUAUCUGAAAUCUACAGGGAACUGACCAGGGUUGAGACAGGAGAGUCUGAAGCCAAUUCCUAUCUUGUAUAUGAGGGAGAUCCUUUUGCAAACAAUGUAAAAUACUACUUGAUGCCACCCUCAAAGAGAUUUGUUCCAUUCCACGAGUUGAGUGGAGGUGAAAAGUCCAUAGCUCUUCUCUCUUUUAUUUUUGCUUUGAGUAAGUAUCGAAGACCCCCAUUUUACAUAUUUGACGAGGUUGAUUCGGCACUAGACAAGGUCAAUGUUGAAAGCCUUUCUAGGUACAUCUUCAGUUCGUCUGACCAGUUCCUUGUUGUCAGCCUGAAGCCACAGUUCUUCUCAAGGAGCGAGUCGUUGUUUGGCGUGUACAGGUGUCCAGCAGAUCUUACCAGCAAGAUUUUAAGUCUAAAACUCAAAAAUUAA